AUGACCAGAGCACAAGCACGCGCCACUGGAGGCAUCAAGACCCCUUCACCGUUGAAGAAGGGCAACAGCAUAUCGACUCCCAAGGCUUCGGCCAAGAAGGCUGUUGCUUCCGUUCCUGUUGCUGCAGCAGAUGACGAGGAGACCGAGAUGGUAGAGCCUUCUCCGGCGAAAAAGACGCUGACGAAGUCGAGGACACCGACCAAGGCCAGUCCCAAAUCGGCCAAGAAGAACGCUUCGCCAGCAUCUAAAGUCGAGUCGCCAAGCAAGGUUCCUGCUAGCCAUGCAAAGUUGACUAGGAAGCCGACUUCUGCGUUGGCUACGGCUGAGCCUAUCGUCGCUGAAUACUCGGAGGAGGAGGAGGACGCGGAGGAGGACGAAGAAGAGGAUGAGGACUCGGAUCUGGAAGAGGGGCAGGAUGUUUCGGAGAAGGGCAUGCAGCGUCUCAUGGCUGCGUUGGGCGACGACGGGCUUGAUGAGGUAGACAUGGCUGCGCUUGAUGAGCUUGCUGGCGAAGAAGACGAGGAGGAGGAAGACGACGAGGACGAUGAUCAAGAAGAGGACGAGGAAGACGAGGAGGCGGAUCCACUGGAACAAGAGAUCGCCGAAGAAGCCGCAGAAGAAGAGCUCGCCGCCGAGCAGGACGAUUCUGACAUUCCGCGCGUCGUCCCCAACGCCAACGGCGACACGCUCGCCGCCUCCAUCGCACGAUCCGGUCUCGUCCCCGUCGAAGAGUCCGACUCGGAAUCCGACCCCGAAGCAGCCUCCGACGCCGAAGAAGAAGAAGAAGAAGAGCCCAUCGCCUACGAAGACCUUCCCGACGACAUUGAGCUUUCCGAAGUCGCCAAAGCAUCGCGCACCCAACGCAUCAAGAUCAACAACGAAUCCGCGCUCACCCGCAUCUACAACGACAUCCGACUCGACGCUCCCUCCUCCUCCUCCAAGCUCCCCUGGAUCGAGACCAUGCGCAUUACCUACCCUACCUCCAUCUCCUCGCUCGUCACCGACCCGGAGAACGACCUGGAACGCGAGCUGGCCUUCUACAAGCAAGCGCUGCACGCCGCCGUCGAAGGCAAAAAGCUCAUCCUCGCCUCCGGCACCCCCUUCUCGCGUCCCUCGGACUUCUUCGCCGAGAUGGUCAAGACCGACGAACACAUGGAACGCAUCCGUCAGAAGCUGCUCGACGAAUCCGCCGCGAUCAAGGCGAGCGAAGCAGCCAAGAAGCAGCGCGAACUCAAAAAGUUCGGCAAAAAGGUUCAGGUGGAGAAGCUGCAGGAACGAAUUCGAAACAAGAAGGAGCUCGCCUCCAAGAUCCAAGGUCUGAAACGCAAGCAUGGAGCGCUCGACGAGGACGCGGAAGAGUUCGAUGUCAGGUUGGAGGAGGCCAUCGGUGGCACUGGCUCGGGUGGUGACGCGAAGAAGACGCAGAAGGGUAGACCGGCAAGUGGCAAGAGCAAGAUGCCCAGGACGGCGAGGGAUGCAAAGUACGGGUUUGGAGGUAAGAAGAAGUACUCGAAGAGCAACACGGCUGAAUCGACCAACGAUUUCAGGGUCGGCCCGGAGAGGGGAGCAAGGGGUAGCAAGGUCAAGGUCACCAGUGGAAAGGCUGGAUUCCGACCGAAGCAGAAGUCGGGCGCUGCCAAGAGACCCGGUAAGGCGAGACGUGCUGGUGGAAAGUAG